AUGGGAGAUCCUUUAACAUUAUUAAGAGAUUAUAUCUCUACUAGUCAACAAAUAGUACAAGAAGGAGAUGAUUAUGUAUUUGGAAAGACUAAAUUCAACAAGAAUACACCUACAGCCUUUAAAUCGAGUACUGGUGGUAACUAUACUCUACAAGCUGUUCAUUUCUUUUAUGUAAACCGUGAUGUAAGUCGUGGUGUUUAUGUUCUUCAAACUACUAGAGUUGGUACAAAUGCUGUUGCUGUAAAUGAUAGAAAGAAAUUAUUAGCAUAUCUAGAGGGAUCUAGUUUAGAUAUAGGUGAAGAUAUGUUUCAAGCACCACCUAUUACUCAAUCUAUACCAUCCUAUACCUCUGAUGCAAUGGAUAUUGAAGAUGUAGAUAUGAAUAAACGUAUUGGUGGAGAGAUUCAAGAAAUUGAAUUAACAUUGGAUUUACAAACUGAAAAGGAUUCACUUGCACUUAGAAUUGAUACUGUUAAAUCAAUCUUACCCGAAGGAUAUAAUGAAAAUGAAAGUGAUUUUAUUGAAUCUAUAAAGAAUAAGAGAAAACUUGGAAACUUGGAAAAGAAUGGAUUUGUUUUGGCCGAUGAAAAUGUAACAAAGAAUAUUGUACAAAGAGAAAAAUUGGGUUCAGAUAGAAGUUCUAUAUUAUCAAUUACAACUAAUAUUGGGGAUAGUAUAUUGGAAAGUUAUAAAAAGUUUAAAAAAGAAGAAGAAGAAGAGAAAAAGAGAAAAUCUCAUGGUAAAUCAGAUCAUCAUCAUCAUGGUAAACCAUCAUCUUCAUCACAAUCAUCCUCACAACAAUCUUCAUCUUCAUCUUUGACUUCAUCAUCAUCAUCAUCAUCAUCAACAAAUAUAAAGAAUAGAACACCAAUUAUCAUUGUACCAUCAUCAAUGACAUCACCAAUUUCAAUUUACAAUGUAAAAGAUUUACUUCAAAGCUCAAAAUACAUUUCAUCGUUGGAGAAAAAAGAGGAAAUGUCUGCACAAAAUAUUUCAAAACCAUCCAUGUCGUCGUUUGAUCGUUUGGUUGGUACACAAAAGGUUGCCUACGAGGUAUUUGAUAAUACCAGACUGCUGAAACCAGAGGAUUGGAUGAGAGUGGCAGCUGUCUUUGUUCAAGGUGAGGCUUGGCAAUUCAAAGAUUGGAAGUGGAGUAACCCAGUCGAUCUACUUUCAAAUGUAAAGGGUUAUUAUCUAAAGUAUGAUGAUCAUGCCACUCCAGAUGUUGUUAAAUCUUGGGAUGUAAAAAUUUUAAAUAUUAGUAAACAAAAAAGACAUUUGGAUCAAACUGCUCAAAUUGAAUUUUGGAAUUCAUUUGAUGAAUAUAUUUUGACAAAGAAACCUUAUUUAAAUCAUUAA